CUGCGGGCCCUGACCGGGUGCCUGCUGGGCGCCCUGGUGCUGAGCACGCUGGUGGGGAACGCGCUGGUGUGCUUGGCCGUCCUGCGCUUCCGCCACCUGCGUGCCAAGGUCACCAACUGGUUCGUGCUGUCGCUGGCCGUCUCAGACCUCUGCGUGGCCCUCCUGGUGAUGCCCUGGAAGGCGGUGACUGAGGUGACCGGCGGCUUCUGGCUCUUUGGCAGCCGCUUUUGUGACACCUGGGUGGCCUUCGACAUCAUGUGCUCCACCGCCUCCAUCCUCCACCUCUGCAUCAUCAGCCUGGACCGGUACUGGGCCAUCGCCAGCCCCUUUCGCUAUGAGCGCAGGAUGACACAGCGCCUUGCCUGUACCAUGAUAGCCAUGGCCUGGGCCCUCUCCAUUCUCAUCUCCUUCAUCCCAGUGCAGCUACACUGGCAUAAAGCCAAGGACAGGAGAUAUCCAGGCUCCUGGCUGCCUGGGACACCCCGCUGUGAUGUCAGCCUGAACCGCACUUAUGCCAUCACCUCCUCCCUUAUCAGCUUCUACAUCCCUGUGGCCAUCAUGAUCAUCACCUAUACCAGGAUCUACCGAAUUGCCCAAGCUCAGAUCCGCCGCAUCUCCACCCUGGAGCGAGCAGGGGGGCAGUGGCCAGCUCAUGGCAAGGAGCCCACCUCUUCUUUGCGGAGUUCCCUGCGCAAGGAGACCAAGGUGCUGCAGACCCUCUCUAUCAUAAUGGGAGUCUUUGUUUGCUGCUGGCUGCCCUUCUUCCUUCUCAACUGUCUGCUGCCUUUCUGCCAGCCCGAGCUUGAGAAAGACCAUGAAGGACAGUCACCCUGCGUUGGCCAAACCACCUUCAACAUCUUCGUGUGGUUUGGUUGGGCCAACUCCUCAGUGAAUCCGGUGAUCUAUGCUUUCAAUGCAGACUUCAGGCGAGCUUUCAGCAACCUCCUGGGCUGUCGGUGCUUCUGCUGUGGCACACCCAGAUCCACUGUUGAGAGGGUCAACUUCAGCAAUGAGCUGGUUUCCUAUCACCAUGACACCACCUGCCAGAAGGAAGGAGCUGCCUCAUCAUCAGUACCCACUGCUGCCAUCACUGCCUGGGUGCAGCCUGUACCCCAUGCCAUAAACCUUCAAGGAGAGGACAGCAGCGAGGAGAUAUCUAUGGAAAAGAGGUCUGUGAUUUCUCAGGGACAGGCUGCCCCUGGCAGCAGCCCCAAGAGUUGUCAGGUGCCAGCUACUUUGCAAUCAGAUUUCAAGGCAGAGCCAUCCCUGGAAACUAUUACUCCCUGUUUGGGGCUUGGUCAGUGUGAGGGACCCCAUCACGCUGUUCCAGAGGGAUAAGUGACUGUGCAUUUUGCACACACAGAGCCAUCCCACAGGGAGAGUUCACUCUGCCUCCACGUAAGCUAUGCCUGGUCCCCAGCAAACAAAGUCCCAUCCCAAAGAGAUGGAAAUCUGCUGCUCUUACUCCAGAGAUGUGACAGGUGUAUGAAGUCCAUUCAGAAGCAUACAGCAGUCACAUACAUAUUAACCUCUUCCCACAGCCACCUUCACCCCUUACUCUGUCAGUCCAUAGACAUUUCCCAUGCAUUUGUUCACCCCCACUCUUCAAUCAAACUUGUGGUAUUUAUUAAGAGUAGUGAGAUAAUAAAAUAAAAACCACCCAUAGUUUGAGAGUCUGUAAUAUAAUCUUACAUAGGUAAAAUCAUCUUAGAUUUAGCAUCAUUGCUAAAACCCAUUUUUCCCCCUCUCAUGGUUUCACAUCAUACAUGUGCAUAGUUCUGGUCCUAAAGGUUUGUGUUUGGUUUUACUUUUGUGUUUAUUUCUAAGCUGCACGUCUGGAUUUACACAUCUGAAUCCGCAUUUAGGCUCUUAAAUAAAAAUCGCUCCGUUAAAACAUCACUAUCUUAUGUUGAGUCAA